AUGUCUUCACGGGUCAGAGAAACUUUUAAUCCUAAAUCGCUAACAAAUGCACUUCAAUUAGACAAUCAAGAGUUUAUUCCAAACCAGCAUUCUGCUGUGCAGUUUGAAGAAGACAUCUAUACCUCAUCAAGUGCUCAACUCAACUUUCCACCAAAUGGCAAUGGCUCCUUGGCAAAGCAGGAGCUGCAAAUACUCUGGGAGAUGUUUACCUCUUGGUUGCAGCCUGAAAAGCAGAGCAAGGAGCAGAUGAUUUCUCAACUGGUCUUAGAGCAGUUUCUCCUCACUGGGCACUGCAAAGACAAGUUUGCUUUGAAAGAGCACUGGGAAUCAAGUGGCAGAAACAUGGGGAGAUUCAUGGAGGGGCUGACUGAUGAGUGCUUGAAGCCUCCUACCAUGGUCUGUGUCUCUAUGCUGGGGCAGGAAGCUCUCUUUUCUGAGUAUAUGACCUUAAAAGAAGUCAUCAAACAUUUGAAACAGCAAGCAACACUAAUGCCCACACAAAAGAAACCAAAGAUACACUUACAGAGACCCCAAGACAUGUUCUUGGAAACAGGAAAUAAGAACAGUGAAGAUGGCUGCAACAAUCUCUGGAAUGCUAGUGAAAGGAAUAGUGUUGUUAGUAGUCCUGGAAAUGACAUGGGUCCUCUUCUCAUUAUACAAACAGAUCAAUAUUCUGAGCCUAAAGAUAGAGCUGUUUCUUAUUCAAUCCCCCAGAGUGCCAGAAAGACAAGUGAAGGCACUUCCCAGUACCCAGUAGAGUCCCUGAGAACUUCUCAAACUGAUCUUAUGGAGGUAAAACUAGGAUUAUUCUCUAGGCCACACAUGACUAAAAAUAGUGAUGAUGACCACAACACUUUCUGGGAUGCUAGUGAAGUAAGUCAUGGUGUUUGCAGUCCUGCAAAUGAAAAAGUCUCUCUUCUCCUAAACCAGACAGGGAAGUAUCCUGAGUCUAAACACAGCAGUGUUUCUUAUGGAGUCACUGACGGUUUUAUAAGAGCAACUCAAGGCACCUCCACGCCCCUAAAAUAUUCCUUAAGGGCACCUUCUUCAGAAGAUACCCCAGUGAAGGUACAAGUGCUUGUUACCAGCCCAGACCUUCCUCUUCCUGUGCCUUUACAACUUUUAGGAAGUAAUGAGGUAAACUCUACAUGUAAAGUUCACCAAGAGAGACUCCAGAGAGACCGCAAUACAUAUACAUGUGGUGAAUAUCCCCAAACCUUUAAAUAUUUCUCUAAGCGUUUAGCACGCAAGAGAAAACCCAGGAAAGUGAGGUCAUUUUUCUGUUCCAAGUGUCAUAAAGGCUUCUAUACUAGCUCAGACCUCCGAGUUCAUAAGAUCACCCAUGAAGAAAAGAAACCUUACACAUGCCAAGAAUGUAAAAAAUCCUUCAGCCACCAGACAAACUUUCGGUCUCAUGAGAGGAUUCACACUGGAGAUAAGCCCUACACCUGCUUCCUGUGUAACAAAAGCUUCCGUCAGUCAUCCACGUACCACCGUCACCUGAGGAGUUGCCGUAAAGUGAACUGUAGAACUCCAUGA